UCCUCGGGGUCAACAGUUUAUCUAAGCUCUUCCCGGCUCUGGGGCAACUAGGGCUUACAGGGGAAUCCAGGCUAGGCUGGGCUGGGCCGGGCCGGGCGGACCCUCGGGGUUCCCGGUGCCCGGAACGCUCCUGCCACUGCCGGCCAGAGCAGGCCCGAGGGGCGGGCCCCAAGCCUCGGCCUCGCCUCCCACUGCCGCCCGCCGCUUCCCGGCCGCCGAGCCGGGCCACGCCACCAGCAUGCUGCAGAAGCGGGAGAAGGUGCUGCUGCUGAGGACUUUCCAGGGCCGGACGCUGCGGAUCGUUCGCGAGCACUACCUGCGGCCCAGCGUGCCCUGCAACAGCCCGCUCUGCCCGCAGCCCGCCGCCUGCCGCAACGAUGGGAAGCUCUUGUCUGCUGAAGUGACUCAUUAUAUGAUUCCAGACUGGAAAGUUGUCCAGGAUUACCUUGAGGUCCUUGAGUUUCCCGAGUUGAAGGGAAUCAUUUUCAUGCAAACGGCUUGUCAAGCUGUGCAGCAUCAGAGAGGCCGGAGACAGUAUAACAAACUACGAAACCUCCUGAAGGAUGCUCGCCAUGACUGUGUUCUCUUUGCUAACGAGUUCCAGCAGCACUGUUACCUCCCCCGGGAAAAGGGGGAGGCCAUGGAGAAGUGGCAGACCAGGAGCAUAUACAACUCAGCUGUUUGGUAUUAUCACCACUGCGGGAACAAGAUGCCCAUCGUUAUGGUGACAGAAGAUGAGGAGGCCAUUCAGCAGUAUGGAAGUGAAACAGAAGGCGUGUUUGUAAUUUCUUUCAAGGACAUUUCCCAGCAGACCAUGAGUCAUGUCUCCAACCCCUCUCAAGACAGUGGGUUUUUAGAGAAUCUUAUAAUGCAUGGAUUUCUGAGAAUUUGGUCUCUGGUGCAGAUGUGUGAGAUGCCAGUGAACACACCAGAAAACCCCUGGAAGGUGAGUCCCAAAGAAGAAAGAGUGCGAAAAGACCUGAGGAACACCCACCUUGUGUUCAGCAUCGACCCCAAAGGUUGUGAAGAUGUGGAUGACACACUCUCAGUCAGAACCUUGACUAACGGGAACCUGGAGCUCGGGGUCCAUAUUGCCGACGUCACGCACUUUGUAGCCCCCAACUCUUACAGUGAUGUUGAAGCUAGAACAAGGGCCACCACUUAUUACCUAGCCGAUCGCCGCUAUGACAUGCUGCCCUCCAUCCUGAGUGCAGAUCUCUGCUCUCUCCUGGGAGGCGUUGACAGGUACGCUGUGAGUGUCCUGUGGGAAUUAGAUAAAACCUCUUAUGAAAUUAAGAAGGUGUGGUAUGGCAGAACCAUUAUCCGAUCAGCUUACAAACUUUUCUACGAGGCGGCCCAAGAGCUACUGGAUGGAAACUUCAGCAUUAUUGACGAUAUUCCAGAAUUCAAAGCCUUGGAGGAGCAGAGCCGACAGGCCAAACUGGAGGAGUUAGUGUGGGCAAUUGGAAAGCUGACUGACAUAGCCCGCCACAUCCGAGCCAAAAGAGACAGUUGUGGUGCCCUGGAGCUGGAAGGUGUGGAGGUUCGAGUUCAGCUAGAUGACAAGAAGAACAUUCACGACCUCAUCCCCAAGCAGCCCCUGGAGGUUCAUGAGACAGUGGCCGAAUGCAUGAUCCUAGCCAACCACUGGGUGGCCAAGAAGAUCUGGGAGAGUUUCCCCCACCAGGCUUUGCUUCGCCAACACCCUCCUCCACACCAGGAGUUUUUCUCGGAGCUCCGGGAAUGUGCUAAAGCGAAAGGCUUCUUCAUAGACACACGGUCCAACAAAACCCUGGCUGACUCUCUGGAUAGUGCAAACGACCCCAACGACCCUAUGGUGAACAGGCUGCUGCGCUCCAUGGCUACCCAGGCCAUGUCCAAUGCACUCUACUUCUCCACUGGAUCCUGUGCAGAGGAAGAGUUCCAUCAUUAUGGUCUUGCAUUAGAUAAAUAUACCCACUUUACUUCUCCGAUAAGAAGAUAUUCAGAUAUUGUUGUACACCGACUAUUAAUGGGAGCCAUUUCAAAAGACAAGAAGAUGGAAAUUAAAGACACUUUGUUCAGCAACAAAGAUCUUGAGGAAUUAUGCAGACAUAUUAACAACAGAAACCGAGCGGCCCAGCAUGCUCAGAAGCAGUCCACUGAACUCUUCCAGUGCAUGUACUUUAAAGACAGAGACCCAGAAACGGAGGAGCGCUGCAUUGCUGAUGGGGUCAUUUAUUCAAUUAGAACAAAUGGUGUACUUGUAUUUAUACCAAGGUUUGGGAUUAAAGGUGCUGCUUAUCUGAAGAACAAAGAUGGCUUAGUGAUCUCGUGUGGCCCAGAGAGCAGCUCUGAAUGGAAGCCAGGAUCCCUGCAACGAUCUCAGAACAAGAUCACUUCUACCACAGCUGGAGGACAGUCAGUUACCUUUCAUCUGUUUGACCAUGUGACAGUUAGAGUAUCUGUCCAGGCGUUGCGCUGCCAUUCUGACACCAUCAGACUUGAAAUAAUAAGUAACAAACCGUAUGAGACUCCAAACUCAGAGCUGUGUCAGCAGAACUCCCUCCUGCUGAAGAGUGAGUUAGUGAAAGAGGUGACCCGAUCUGUGGAAGCAGCUCAGCUUGCCCAGGAAGUCAAAGGCAAGGUGCUUCAGGAGUACCAAGAAUACUGCCAAACAAAGGGAAGAAGUCUCUACACGCUUCUGGAGGAGAUAAGGGACCUUGCUCUUCUGGACGUUUCAGACAGUUAUGCAAUGUGAAUACUUCCACUUCAAUAAAGAGCCGUGUCUUGGG